AUGUCGACUCGCGAACGUGGUCGCGAGCGAGGCAGAGGUAGGACAGGCACCUUUACUCCUGCCCUCAUAGGGACUGAUCCAGUAGACUUUAUGGCUGCCCCUGGAAAUAUGGCUGCAGCUAUGCAGGCGACAGCCGAGGUAUUGGGUAAUCAGAUAAACCAGGGUAAUCAUGGGAACAAUAAUGAUGAGGACGGUCCUAUGACGCUUGCUACAUUUCUGAAAGUUCACCCUCCGACCUUCAGGGGAACCUCAAAUCCCACUGAUGAAGAUAAUUGGAUUCAGGUUAUGGAAAGGGUGUUACAGGCACAACAGGUUCCUGAAGAGCAAUGGGUUGAGUUUGGAACUUAUCAGUUGCAAGGUGAUGAUCAGAGUUUAGAGCAGAUUCCAGUUGUAUGUGAAUUUCCAAAUGUAUUUCCGGAUGAUAUUAAUGAAUUUCCACGUAACCGGGAAGUUGAAUUCGCAAUUGAGUUGACUGAAGAAGAGCAUGCUGAUCACUUGCAAACUGUGUUGCAAAUUUUGAGAGACAGAAAAGCGAACGUUGUGGCAGACGCCUUGAGUCAUAAAUCUUUAUAUGCAGCUUGGAUGAUGCUACGGGAAGAAGAAUUACUAAGGGCAUUUCAAGAUAUCGGAGACCUGGGACAGAGUAUUCUGAAGGAAGAUCAUAAGAGUAGAUUCUCAAUUCACCUGGGGAGUACUAAAAUGUAUCAAGAUCUGAAAGCGAUGUUCUGGUGGCCAGUAAUUGUAACCUUCUUGUGCUUGCCUUUAUCUGUUUAUUUGUCUGUGGAAAUGCAUGGUGGAGUUGGAGAGUAUGUCAGUUGCUCUUCCCUAGUGCAGGAUGUAGAUGACAUGCUUUGGGUAAAAGAAGCUCUGGAUCUAGAGCUACACUACCAACUGAAAAGGGCUCAAGAACGUAUGAAGAAACGAUCUAACCAGCAGAGGCGUGAAAAGUCAUUUACGGUUGGUGAUUGGAUUUUGCUAAAAUUGAAACCUUACCGCAAGGCUCAGUGGACCCUUAAUGUAACUAGAGUGUAUCCAUAUUCCAUACCACAAGAUAACAUAGCUGAAAGCCAAAAGAGUUGGGGAUUCCAAAGUGGAGAGCAAGCUAACAAUAUGCUUAAAGCUCAAUGCCACAUAUGGAAUCAUAUGUAUAGUUUUGUGAACACUGUUUCCCUUAAAUGUGCCGUUGACUUAGACAUAUUUGAAACCAUACACAAACAUGGAAAACCCAUGUCACUCUCACAACUCAUUGCUUCAUUGCAAAUUCACCCUUCAAAAACCACCUUCAUCCAUCGCUUGAUAAGAAUCUUGACACAUUCCGACUUCUUCGCAACGACAAAUGUGGCCGAUAACAAUAAUGAGAUCGAAAUUGGGUAUGUUCUAACUGAUUCGUCUAUGUUGUUACUUAAGGAACACCCCUUAAGUAUAAGGACUUUCUUUGUUAACUCGCUUGAUCCAAUUUUGACAAAUCCAUGGAACAAGUUGUCAACAUGGUACAAAAAUGAAGAUCCUACGCCGUUUGAAACAGAGCAUGGGAUAAUGGUAUGGGAGUAUGGUGGCCGUGAACCUAGGCUCAAUCAUUUGAUCAAUGAUGCCAUGGCAAGUGAUGCUAGAUUCAUUAGCGAAAUGGUGAUUGAGAAGUGCAAAGGUGUGUUUGAGGGAUUGGAAUCAUUGGUUGAUGUUGGUGGAGGCAAUGGAACUCUUGCAAAGGCCAUUGCCAAAUCAUUCCCACAGUUGGAGUGCACUGUGCUUGAUCAGCCACAUGUUGUUGCUGACUUGGAAGGAAGUGACAACCUUAAAUAUGUUGGAGGGAACAUGUUUGAGGCCAUUCCUCCUGCGGAUGCUGUUUUGAUGAAGGGGAUUUUGCAUGACUGGAAUGAUAAAGAAUGCAUUAACAUAUUGAAGAAAAGCAAUGAAGCAAUUCUGAGCAAAGGCAAAGAAGGGAAAUUGAUCAUUAUAGACAUGGUAGUUCAGGAAGAUGAGAAGGAAGAUCCUGAAUUAGUGGAAACGCAACUCUUCUUUGACUUGCUCAUGUUGGUUAUGGCUGCCGGAAAGGAGAGAAGUGAAAAAGAAUGGGCCAAGUUGUUCUUCUCUGCCGGAUUCAGUGACUAUAAGAUAAUUCCAGUUUUAGGUAUGAGGUCUGUUAUUGAGGUCUACCCAUAAUAACUCAUUUUUGAAAAGGAAAAAAUUGCAAAUGAUUUUUAUUAUAAACAUUGAUUUAUGUGUGAUUUUUAGACUCUCAAACCUUUGAAAUGUCAAAUUCAAUUAUUUAAAGUUUUCUCAAAUUAUAAAAUAAAGGCCUUUUUGUUUUUUUCCCUCAAAGUUUAUCCUUAAUUUCCAUUAAUAAAUGAUUUGUAAUAAAUAAAACACUAGAGAACGGGUAAUUUUCAAAAGAAGCAGUUAGAAGAAUUGUUCUUUUUAUACAUACCGUUUGACAGUUUCAACAUGUGAAAUUGUACAUUUAAAGAAAUAUAAUCCAAUUUGCACAUAAGACAAAGUUCAUGUGAAUCAUUUGUAACUUUUCCUUUUCAAAAAUGUUAGCAUGAACACUAGUUGGAAAAUAAUGAACGAGAUGGAACCAGGAUUCUGUUUACUAAUGGCUACAAACAGAUUUGAACUUUGUAAUAAUAAAGUUAUUCUUGUAUGAUUUACUAGUAUAAAAUUUAUAUUAAUGA